AUGAGUGAAAAGAAGAGGAAGCGCAAGUCUACCUCUGCAGAGACGUUGGUCACGCUGACUUCGCGGCGGCCACAAUGGGCAUAUCUCCACCUUGAAUUGCAGGACAACAUCAAAAAUAGAACACAAAAUGAACUAAUUCAAGACGUCAAUACCAAUAGAGUCACUGCGGCUUCCGAUUCAAUAACUAAAGCACCGGCGCUUGACCCUCUCACGGCAAAAACUUAUUUAUCUGCAGCUCUUUCUCAGUAUCUUGGCCUCUCGGGCACGGCUAUACCUAUUGAUAUACUGAAGAUAGCCAGCAAGGCGAACCAGAGGAAUGCAAGGUAUCUGUGGAUUCGACUUCCGUACGAUGAUGCUGCUGCCGCAUCUGCUGCGAUGAGCUCGUGGAUUGGUUCUGAAUCCGGGCCUGGAUCAACGGAUGUAGCAUUAAGGGUUGUUGCGAGGGGCUCUCGCCUCGGUGCGCUGGUUGGAGGCAGUGGGAAGGAGUUAUUUAUUCCUUGA